AAAGACAAUCUAAGGAGAAAUCCAUAGCUAUGAAUGCUUGAAUUAAAACAUUGAGAUUACCUCAAAUUAAUAAUCUAAUGAUGUACCUCAAGAACUUAGAAAAACAACAAUCCAAACUCCAAGAGCAAUAGAUGCCAAGAAAUAAUAAUAAAAUGAAAACUGAAUGGAUGAUAUAUGGAAUCCACUGAGAAACCCACAGCCAAUCCAACAAAAAGAAGGCAAGAAAGAAGAUCCAAAGUAGUAAAUCUGGAGAUGAAAGAGAUUACUAUAGAUUAAAAUAAUAUCUCAAUAAUCAUUAGGGUGUGUUUUCAAAAUUUACAUUCCAAACAACUACAUAACAAAGAAAAAAAUUGAUGAAUUCCUAGAUGUAUAACUUACCAAAAUUAGAUCAAGGAGAAGCAAACAUAUCAAGCAGAACCAUAACAACCUCAUUAGAUUGAGCAGUAAUAAAAAAUCAACCAAAGUUCAGGAUUCACUGCAGUAUUCUAUCAAACCUUUAAGGGAGAGCUAAUACCAAUGCUUUCUUGAACCGUUUAAUAAAAUAGGGAAAAAACACAGCCAGACUCAUCCAUGAAGCCAAAUUUGCACAAAGACACAACAGCAUGAAGAAAGAAAUUGUAAAUCAAUUUUCUUGAUGAGAAAAGUCACAAAAUUUCUGAAUAAAACAAGUAAAAUGCAUUCAAGAACAGAUUAAGAUGGCAUUAAAAAAAGUUGGUUUCAUUCCACAGAAGCAAGUUUGUUUCAAUAUAUGCAAAUUAACAUAUAUAUAAAUAAUAUUAUGUGUAGGACUAUAUUCAUAUCUUUAGGAAGGGAAACCACAUUGUUACUUUAAUUAAUGCAGAAAAAUUCUUUUAUACAUUUCAAUUUCCCUCCAUAAUAAAACCUUCAAUGAAAUGGAGAUAGAAGGAACCUAUAUUAACAUAGUGAAUGUUACAAAAAGAAACCAUGUGUAACAUACUGAAAAUGGAAGAAACCUUUAGUCUUCAAAAAUGUGAGAUGAAACAAGAAUGUCUACUCUCUCAACUAUCACUCAGUAUAGUGUUCAGAAUUUUAGCUAGGGCAAUAAUAUCAAGAGAUAGAAGGAAUAUAAAUAGGGAAGGAAGAAGUCAAAUUAUUCCUUUUUGCAAAUAUCAUUUUAUACUUAAAAGGUUCCCCCAGAAACUAUUAGAACUCAUAAAUAAUUCUAUCAAACUAAUAAAGAACAAAAUCAAUAUUUAAAACAGUAUCUUUUCUACAUACUAGUAGUGAACUUGAAAAAACAGGAAUCAGAAAAACCACAUUCAUAAUAGCUUUUUAAAAAUCCUCUAAACAAACUGAACCAAGGAAGUGUAAGAACUCCAAAUGAAAAGUUGAAACAUUGAGGAAAGAAUUUGAAGACAUUAAAAGAUGGAAAACUCUCCCAGGCUCAUGUGUUAGCAAAAUUAAUGCUGUACAAGCAAUUAUAUUAAUCAAAAGAGAAAUGUCCUUCAAUAUCUCAAUGACAGUGUUCAUUGAACUAUAAAACCACCGUAAAUCCAUAUGGAAGCACAAGAUCUUGAGAAUAGCAAGAGCAUUUUUUGUGCAAAAAUUUUUUAUGCUGGAGUCAUCACAAUGUUAUCUCAAAUUAUAUUACUGAGCCUUAGUAACAAAAAGCAUGUAGCACAGGCAGAAAAACAGAUACAUAGAUCAGUUGAGUAAAAUAGAAGAACACAAAAACACACUAGUAUGACCGUCUAAUUUUUUGACAAACGUAUCAAAAACAAACAAAAAUAAAGGGUACUGGUAAAAUUAGAAUUCCCUGUGUGGAUAAAUGAAAUGAGGUCCACAUUUGUCAUCCCACAUGGAAAAGCAAGUAAAAAAAUAAUCAAAGACCUUAGUAUGAGUUCAGAAACCUUGAAACUUCUAGAGGAAAUCACACAUGAAAAUUUAAGAGGUCAAAAUACAAGAUUCCCAGGUCAGUUCCAGCUCAAUUCCUCCAAGUCCUGUGUCCUAAGUCAAUGAUGUCUUCAAAAGUAGUGUCUUAGUUUUAAGUUCUAAGAGACAACGAUGGGCAGAAAUAGCUUGUAUUGUGUUUGAAGUCUCUCAAACUCCCCUGAUCAACAAUUCCAAUGAAGACUCCACAUGCCUGGUACUAGGGUUUCUCUUAGAUAGUGUAUGGCCUUGGGGGACAUUAUCCCUCCAAGUAGUGUAACUUCAUUUAAAUUAUUUAUGUAUGCAUAUACUCACACUUAUAUAUUUUAAAGUAAACAGAAAAUAAUCAACCUUAAUGUUUUUUGUACCCCUUCCUCUCUUUCCCUCUGUUUUGCCUUCCUUUCCACUCCCCAACUAAGAAUCCUCCUGUUUUGCCUAUGUUCCCCUUCAGAGCAACUCUACCCUACAGUGCCCCUCUUCCACUCACCACGAUCCUUUUUUACUUUCCCUGUUUCUGUGGCAGGACACAUCACCUAAAUAAGGCUUGCACAAUGCCAACAAGAGCUGAUGUGCCAAUGUGGAUGGGGAAAUCUCAUGAGGCCCCCACUUUAGAUGAAGUCAAUUAUUGAUGGCUGCUAAGAGAAGGAGAAUCAGUCUUCUCCAUGGAUGAGCCACAUGAUUGGUUACUCAGUCUCCAGUGGAUAGCCCUAAAUAUGUAACACUAAAUAUACUCAACAUGAAGCCAUUAUCAUCUCAGGAACUGAAAUGGCCAAACAAAUUCAAAAAGAAAUCCAGCAAGGUGUGGAAUCAUGGAUUGCUCUCGGGAACAGGAGGCCCCACCUCAGUAUCCUUUUAGUGGGAGAUAACCCAGCAAGCCACACCUACGUCAGGAAGAAGAUAAAAGCUGCUUCCGCUGUCGGUAUCUGCAGUGAACUCAUUCUAAAGCCAGAGACUGUUUCUCAGGAGGAGCUUUUGGAUGUCACUGAUCAACUGAACAUGGACCCAAGAGUCAGUGGUAUCCUAGUUCAGCUACCCCUUCCAGACCAUGUGAAUGAAAGAACAAUAUGCAAUGGAAUUGCCCCCGAAAAAGAUGUAGAUGGAUUUCAUAUUAUCAAUAUUGGAAGACUGUGCCUUGAUCAGCAUUCUCUGAUACCCGCCACUGCCAGUGCUGUUUGGGAAAUAAUAAAAAGAGCAGGAAUUGAAACAUUUGGGAAAAACGUGCUUGUCGCAGGAAGAUCCAAGAACGUGGGCAUGCCGAUCGCCAUGCUGCUGCACACGGAUGGAGAGCAUGAGCGCCCUGGAGGUGAUGCAACAGUGACAAUAGCGCACAGAUACACGCCCAGAGAACAACUGAAGGUCCACACUCAGCUGGCAGAUAUUAUCAUAGUGGCUGCAGGUAUUCCCAGGUUGAUUACAGCUGAUAUGGUUAGAGAAGGUGCAGCAGUAAUUGAUGUGGGCAUCAACUAUGUUCAAGAUCCUAUGACAGGAAAGACAAAACUAGUUGGAGAUGUGGACUUUGAAGCUGUUAAGAAGAAAGCCAGCUUCAUCACUCCAGUCCCAGGAGGUGUGGGACCCAUGACGGUGGCCAUGCUUCUGAAGAACACACUUCUGGCUGCCAAGAGCAUCAUUUACUAGAUCACACAGCAGAGUGCACACGACAAAGAGUACUGCUUAUUUAUUUAACAACCACCAAAUGCUUUCUAUUUUACUACAAAGCUAUUUAUUUCUACAUUGUAUUUAUUUUUUCAUGAGUGGAAUCAUUGUGGAAUUGAUUAUUUACACAACCUUAUGGAUUUCUUGCUAUAGAUUUUGAGUCUUAAGAAAUACAACAAAGCAAUUACAAUGACAAUUUGGAUAGCAAUUCUUACUUUAUGGAUAUUUGUCCAUAAUGUUAAAACAAAUGAAGAAUUCAUAUUUAAUAAAUAUAUUUUUGACAUAACCUAAAUAUCACUAACAGUAGGUUUUCAAAAACUUUUGUCAGCCAAAUGGGUGCCAUAUAAACUAUAGUUUGUCAUAACCUUGAUUUUUAAAUAUAGUUCAUAUCCUAGGUUAUCUGUUGAAAAAGAGAUCAUGUAUUAAGGGGAAGAUAGGAUGUUGAAAAUGAAGUUUUAAUCUCAGAUAUCUCCCAGCAUCCCACAAGGCAAUCCUAUUGACAUUUUAUUUAAGAAACAAAAACUAUUCAAGCAAAAGCUGCCAUGCUACUUGGAAAACUAAAAAAAAAAUUACUUGGUGUAAUAGAAGGGCAUGCCUAUUUAGUUCCCACAUUAUAUGUGUUAGGUUUCCUUAUCAUUCAUUUUACUUCACUAAUAAAAAUAGAAAAAUCUCAAAACAAAUGAAUGUAAAAAGUCAAACUAAAGUGACUUCCCCACAAAUAUCAACCAAAUGCAAUUGUGAGUCUGUCAUUAAGUAUAUAUCAUGGGGUAUAUUUAUUCACAGGAACAGAACACUCGUAGAUUUAUCAUGCUUUCAUUUUGUUAAAAUUGAACUCUGAGAUAUAACAAAAGCUAGGUUUUGUGCACACAUUUCUUUUCUUUUCCAGGAUAGCAUUUGAUGCUAAUUCAGACACCAUGCUUCUGAAUAAUCCAAAUUGGGAAAUCUCUGUGACUGUUAAUAAAAGGCUAUUUAAUGACUGGAUUUAUAUAAUUGGUACCGAGGUUUCAUGUCCCUAUCCCAGUAUGUUUAUGUAUUAGUAAUGGCUCUUGUUCAGUGCAUGUCUUCAUGACUGUGACUCUUGAUCCUUUGUGUGAAAAUGGACCAGCUGUUCAUAACUGUUCAAUAAAAGCAAUUUAAAGAA